UAGCCAAUGAAAGCAAGACGCAGGAGAUUCAGAUCCUCAGCUGAAAACGCUGCCGACUGUGAAGCAACCCUGCUAAAUUGGAAUAAAUAUUCCAGAAAAGGCUACUCUCUACUGUCUAAACUGGAUUUAACAGAGCGAAGCACACUAAGCAGCGGCGACUGGACAGUUGUUUUCGCGGGAUAAAGGUGAACGAAGCUGCCAUGCCUUUCACAAGAGGGAAGAAAAACAAAGAGGCUGCAGGGACCAAGGCAUCCAAGGUGAAUGCAGCAGCCUCGGAGAACCAGGAAGAGGCCACUCAGGUGAAGCGGUCCUCGUCUCCUCCUCAUGGAGCUCCCAAGAAGAGGACUGCCUUCAUCGACAUCACCAAUGCUCACAAGGUGACGAUCAGCCUUCCAGGUAGGAAGAGGGAGUCGGCAAAGAAAGUUGAAAAGAAGACCAACUCUGCCUCGGUGCUGUCAAAGAAUCAAACAAACCUACAAAAGUCGUCAUCCGCGAGCUCCGAGGGAUCGCCGGCCGAGAAAGAGAGGUCCGACGUAGAGGAGGAGGAGGAGAAGAAGAACGAGGAGCCGCAGAAGGAUGACUCGUCUCCGGCAGAAGAACCUGUAGAUGUUUCAUCCCCUGCUCCCCGGGCAGUGCCAGCACACAUCCAGAGGCAGCCUAUCCCAGAAGAGUUCAACAUCGACUCUGAUAACUCUGAAGACUGUUACAUGUGUCCCGAGUAUGCAAAGGAUAUCUUUGACUACCUUAAAAAGAGAGAGGAAAAGUUCGUCCUUUCCAACUACAUGGACAAGCAGCCCUACCUCAGCCCAGACAUGAGGGCGAUCCUGAUCGAUUGGCUGGUUGAAGUCCAGGAGAAUUUUGAGCUGUUCCACGAGACCCUCUACUUGGCCGUGAAGUUGACAGACCACUACUUGUCAAAAGUCCCCAUCCACAGGGACUUGUUGCAGCUCGUCGGUUCUACCGCCCUGCUGAUCGCCUGCAAAUUUGAGGAGCGCUGCCCGCCCCCCGUCGAGGAUUUCCUCUACAUCUGCGACGACGCUUACAAACGGCCCGAGCUCAUCAGCAUAGAAGCCAACAUCCUGAAAACGCUGUCGUUCGACAUCAACAUUCCCAUCCCGUAUCGGUUCUUGAGACGCUAUGCCAGGUGUUUGAAUGUCGGCAUGGACACGCUGACUCUGGCUCGCUUCUUCUGUGAGAUGAGUCUGAUGGAGAUCGACUUUGUGGAGGAGCGGGGCUCACGGCUGGCAUCAGCCUGCCUGCUGAUGGCGCUGGUCACCAAAAACCUGGGAGGAUGGUGCCCCAUCCUGCAGUUCCACUCCGGCUAUCAGGUGUCUGACUUGAAGCCUGUGGUCAGAAAACUCCACUCUAUCCUUCAAGCUCCAUCCGACGAUAACCUGAAAACCAUCCGGAACAAAUACUCUCAUAAGGUAUUUUUUGAAGUAGCUUCUCUUCCUUUGGUUGAUAUUAAUGUCUUGGAGAAAGCCAUGGCCUCUUCGUGAAGAUGGAGAAAUACUCUAAAAGACUUGAGUUGAGUGAAAGCUCCCAUUAGGACAAACGUUGUACAUAAUUUAAUGUUUAAUAUUUAUAUGUUGUCCAGUUUGUCUUCCGUGUGAAGUUGGAAAUAAAACCAGUUCUCAAGGAGUGUUCUUAAUGUGGGCAUUGUUAUUAACAUGUUAAACUUAUUUUAUCAGUGGAUUUGUUUUUUUUUUUAUAUAUAUAGGUUUUUAUAAGAUCAGUGAAAUUGUAAUUCAUUAGUAAUCUGUAAACUCCUCUGUGUGUAUACUUGCUAGUGAAUUAUGGACUGGCCCACAAUUUUUAAAAAAGAUUUCAGAUAUUGUUCACGUUAGCAGCUAUGCAUGCAUUUCUGGUUGUACAGUGUUUAUCAUGUUAAGCUAAUAAUUUGUAUAAAA